AUGUCCACUCCGGCCAAGAGGACACACUGGAGGGAGGGCUUACGACAUUUCCCCAGAGACCAUGGCCUCUCCAAGAAAGUGCUUCUCAAUUGCUGCCUGGUUCGUCGCAUCAUCACCUGGGCGUCGCCCAACAAAAAAGACAGUGUUGAAGAUGAGCUGGAGCUGUCAGCAGUAAGACAUCGCCCAGAGGGUCUGGAGAAGCUGGAGGCCCAGACGCGAUUUUCCCGCAAAGAGCUGCAGAUCCUCUACCGCGGAUUCAAGAAUGAAUGCCCAAGUGGGGUGGUCAACGAAGAUACAUUUAAAGAUAUAUACUCACAGUUCUUUCCACAGGGAGAUGCAUCAACAUAUGCCCACUUUCUGUUCAAUGCAUUCGAUACAGACCACAACGGCUCUGUGAGUUUUGAGGAUUUCGUUAUGGGUCUUUCCAUUCUGUUAAGAGGGUCCGUUCAGGAGAAACUCAAUUGGGCCUUUAACCUGUAUGACAUUAACAAAGAUGGAUACAUCACAAAAGAGGAAAUGCUGGACAUUAUGAAAGCCAUCUAUGAUAUGAUGGGAAAAUGCACAUAUCCCAUUCUUAAGGAAGAGACACCACGGCAACAUGUGGACAUGUUUUUCCAGAAAAUGGACAAAAAUAAGGAUGGAGUGGUCACCAUAGAUGAAUUUAUAGACUGCUGCCAAAAUGAUGAGAAUAUCAUGAGAUCGAUGCAGCUUUUUGAGAAUGUUAUUUAA